CGCGUCCUCAGUAGGCACGAGAGAGAACCGGACGCACCUCAACAGUACCUAACAACUCCCUCUCUUUUGCGAUAUCUUGUUCUCCGUGCCAAAGGCCUUUUGACCUGAUGAAUUAACAAAUAUGGCGGAUGGGCAACUACAAGACGAUCCGAAAUUGUUCUCUCAGUGCAGAAUUUGUAUUAUCUGCCCGAACUCAAACGAAGUUGAUGAUACCGCCCAGCUUUCAACUGCUAUCCAGAAUCAUGGAGGUGAAGUCACUCUCCACCGAUUACCAGCGUCGUUACCCCGGGUUCAUGAAUUUACUCAUGUCGUGUCCUCCACCAUCGACUUCCCUGGCCAUGAUGCGGCUUGCGACGCGUUGGUACCGGUGGUUAAACCCCAAUGGGUGAAUGCGUCAAUUUCGAAAAACAAGCUCGUCAACCCCAGACACUAUAAUCCUGAUCCGAGAUUAUUCCUAAACGACGUUGUUGUCGCAUGCGUGGAUAUUCCUGAGGGUGAUCAGGAUGCCAUUUUCGGAGGGGUAGUGGCGAUGGGAGGAUUAUGCAGCUCCAAAAUUACGCGCACUACAACUCAUCUGGUGGCCUUGACGCUGGACUCUGACAAAUGCGUCAGUCUUUUAAACAGAGGCCUAGACAUCAAAAUAGUUCUUCCCCAUUGGUUUGAUGAUUGUCUUAAACUAGGGAAGAGAAUCGACGAACGUCCUUAUUUGCUACCAGAUCCGGAGAUCCUUCGAUUGCGUCAUGACGCGCCUGUCCGAAUCACCGAAAAUAAAAGUAUCAUUGGCGCAUCAACACCAGAGCCAAAGGUUCUGUCUCCUGAAUCACUGCGUGAGGAGGUCCGGAGCGAUUUAAAUGUUUUUGAGGGAAAGACCGUGAUGUUGUCGGAAGACCUGGCGAUUGCUGCACGCCUUCAUAAGUCUCUUGUAGACCUGAUCGUAAAAAGCGGCGGCCAUGUGACAAGCAAUGUCCGGGAUACCGACCUAUACAUUUGCCGCUACCGCGAAGGGGAAGAGUACAGGUCGGCAUCAAGACUGGGCAAGGACGUCGGGAACUUAUCUUGGCUCUUCCAUCUUAUCACCCAUAAUUCAUGGAUCUCUCCAUUACGGCGGCUGCUCCACUAUCCACUCGCUAGACAUGGAAUCCCGGGCUUUAAAGGAUUCAAGAUCAGCUUGUCAAAUUACGCGGGGGAAGCACGUAUAUACCUGGAAAAUUUAAUCGUCGCUGCCGGCGCUGAGUGCACGAAAACGUUAAAACAGGACAAUACCCAUCUUAUCACGGCGCAUGGUACAAGUGAAAAAUGCACCGCAGCCAAGGAGUGGAAUAUCCAUAUUAUCAAUCACCUCUGGCUCGAAGAGAGCUAUGCUAGGUGGCAGCUCCAAACCAUUACCGACCCCCGCUACACCCAUUUCCCGCACCGGACCAACCUGGGAGAAAUCGUUGGCCAAACUAAAAUCGAUCGGUUUGCCAUUGAAGAACAUUUUUGGGGACACCAAGAUGCUGCGGUUCCCGAGUGGAAAUCUCCCUCUGCAGUCAUGCGCCCGAAAAAUAACAAUUUUCCAAGCAAUCACAAUACACAUAUUUCAGAACCUACCAAGGGAAAACCAGCCCAUCUACCAGCUCCGGCGGAAGGAACGCCUAAAGUACCCAAACCCAACAAGUCUUUAGCUAAAUCUAAGGAUUCGCAUCUUCAAACCCCACAGAUUUCCAGAUUUAUUGCGGAGGGCAAGGAGAACGCUACCCCUUCAACGACGGGAAGUAGAAAAUCCAAAGACGUAGCCGCUGCACGAUUACAAGAAAUUGCCCCCGACAUCGCGCUAUACGAAAAAGAAAGGAAACGUGUGGGCGGAGUUAUUUACGGUGGUCGAAGGAGAAGUGACCCAAACGAGAGAGCUUCUUCUCGCAAGAGGUCGAUGGAUCCAGAAGACGAAACAGAUAUUGAAGAUACAAAUGGUGCCAAAAAGUCGAAGCAGGCGCAAGUCCCUAUUGUUAUGCAUCUUUUGCUCACUGGCUUUCAAAAAUGGGUUGGGGAUUUGAAAUUGGAGGAGUCAGACAGGCGUCUCCUACGCAAGUUAGGUAUCCAGGUCGUCCAAGAUGCCAACAAAUGCACACAUCUAGCGGCCCCAUCCGUCUUACGUACGCAUAAAUUCGUCAACGCCAUUGCCUAUGCACCUAUAAUCCUCCACACGGAUUUUGUGAAUGCGUGCCUUGAGCAGAACCAACUACUGAACCCGAACGACUUCCUUUUACGUGACCCUGAGUCUGAGGGCAAAUACAACCUCUCACUGGACAAAGCUAGGCUCAAUGCGCUUGAAAACAAAAACCAACUGCUCGAUGGCAGGAUACUAUACUGCGUUGAAACCAUUACUGGCGGCUUUGAAGCAUUUAAAUCCAUCGUCGAAACCAAUGGGGGCCAAUGUCUCCUGUUCCGUGGUCGAUCUGGCAUCACACUGCCAAAUCGACGUCGCAGUAGUGAUGAAAAUAGGGGGAAUGAUGGGGCUCCAAGUUUUGAUGAAAUAUAUCUCAUCAGCGGCACUGAAAAGAGCCAUGUGCGGUUAUGGCCGAAGUUCAGGAAUAUGGUGUUGAAUGCGAAGAAAAUUCCCAAGAUCGUUCAGCCGGAUUGGCUAUUGAAUAUUGCCAUGGCGCAGGAAUGGCGGUGGAAUGAUUCUCUAGAACUGAAAGAAGAAGAUAUUCAGAUGGCUGACGCGUAGCUUUGCAUAACUUUGAUAAUGUAUGUGGCACAAUGUUGAUAUGGUGGUUUGUAUGGCCAUGUACAUAUUUUACCCGGCGUGACAGGGCGUUUUCGUUGGUUAUGGUUUGCAUCGAAGGCGAUGGCGGCAUUCUGAUCGGGCCAGGCUUUCUUCCUGAGGCUUGUUAUCUAACUUCAACUUACAUUCUUUCUCUUUGUUUUUCUAGUAACCCAGCUCACGCUCCAUAUCUCCUUUUUGUUCACCCGCGCGGUUCUCAGAAAAAUUUCACCCCCUGUGAAUCCUCGCUGCCGAAUACCUGAGCUUUGCCCCUCUUGACCAGAACGUUAAGGGACCUUGCUAGAACGUCGGGAUCCAUGCCGUGGAAUUCUAGAAAAUUUCACAUACAUAAGCUUGAGCAUGCUCACCGAUGUGCUCCGAAAGGGCCGGGUUAGGUUUAUAUAUAAAAACAGAAAACAGCACAACAAACCUUGCGAAAUAGUGGCUUCCCCUUCCGCCAGCUCAUAGAGCGUAAGCACGGUAUUUUUCUGCGCAGUUUCUUCCGCCUAGAAGUAAUAUCAUGUAAUCAGCAAACAAAAUCCCCUAACGGGUUCUAGGGUAGACAAGACCAAAAAGAAAAAGAAAAAGAAACCAAAAAAGAAAGCAAAAAAGGAAACUUACCCAAUCCGCCAAAACCCCAGCCCAUUCCUCAGGUGUCCUCCACCAGAUCCACGCUACGGCCUUUCCCCCAGACUCUCCACCAACCCACUCCGCCCUCCGUCCGCCUCCCUCCCCACGAACCAUCCAAUCAACAACAGUCCUUGCAUCUGCCAGACUAAGCCGCUUACGCAGCUCCGCGUUAUGGAAGAGUGGAGAGUCAACGGCAUCUAUGAGCGAGAGACGGUAGAUGCGAUGAUGACGACACCAGGCCUGGAUUAGCGUGGACCAUUUUUGGAACUGUGAAAGGCGGGUUGUGGUGUUUGGUUGGAGGGUGAAGAAGGGUGGGAAGGAAUAGGUUGCGGGGAACUUGAAGGGGGAUGUUGGUGUGGUCUGGGAUGCGCCUGCCGGUGCGGGUGUGGAUAGGGAUGGAGACUGGAUGAUAGAGGGAGAUAUAUGGUUUGUCGUUGAGCCGCCGGUAGAAGUUGGGAGGAGGACAGGAGGUGUGGGAGCUCCGCUGGAGGGAGGGGGCGGAGUGGAAGUGGACAUAGUCAAACUCGACACAUCGGGGAAUGGCGGCGAAUUGGAAAUGGGUUCUUAGUCGGGAGUCGGAAUCGGAUUGCCAAAGAGGGGAACUUCGUGCGGCUAGUAUUUAGGUAUCAAACAGGCUUGUUUAUAAAGAUCGUAUCUGGAUCCAGUGGCCCCGAAUGCAUUGAGGGUAUGUGAGGAGAAAAUCAGGCGCCGUUGGAUACGCGUCUGGUCUGACACAGAUCUGAUAAGAUAAAUAAUAUAAUCACCACGUGAUGCCCAGAUUCGGACAGAAGAACUUCAA